AUGGUCCGAAAGCCCAAGGCUGUAUGGCCGGGUCUGGUCAAGAUGGGUCUGCACCAGAGACAGAUAGCAGGUGAUGGCAAUUGUCUGUUUGCAUCGCUUUCAGACCAACUCUACGGCACACCGGCGAAGCACCCUGAAAUCCGUGCAAGCAUCAUCGACCAUAUGCGGACGUUCCGACCACUUUUCGAACACUACGUCCACAUAGAUGAUGUGCAACAACGCCGAACCCUCCGGUCCACCACGCUGUCAACUCGGCAGGAACCAGAAGACGCUUUUGAAGAAUACCUGUCUCGCAUGUCACGCCUUGGGUCAUAUGGUGGAGAGCCUGAACUGGUAGCCUUCUGCCAGGUCUUCGAUCAAGAUGUCACUGUGCACCUCCCACGGAUCAAGAACUUUGACAGAGACUCAAUCCCCUACACGAACGAACACCGAGAAGGCCCCAAUGCCAUGCCCCCACUCCACAUCUGCUAUGGCGGAGACGAGGUCACGCGAGCACAUUACGACUCAGCUCGAAGCAGAGAUGGGUCGAUCCCUAGGCACAAGAAUAGUCCUUUGCUCAGACCACAGGACUCAACUCGAAACUCCCAUAACGGUUUCUCCUCUCCUUCUCCACACGGUCUCGUUAGCAACAGAGCUAUGCGUGGUAGCAGAGCCGAGCUGUCCUCAGAGUUCAUUCAAGACUUUCUGCAAAAGAGCAAGAAAGACGUUGAGAACAAUCUUGACCAACUGGGCGAGAAGUACCGUGCCCGGAGUCCGUCCGUGACUUCGUCGCAACGUAGCGCGAGCUCUAAGCGGUCACUUGACGAUGAUGAUGAACCUAUUCGUGCAAGCAAGAGAGCCGACAGAAGAAAGAGCACCAGACGACGCGCAGAUGUGAUCAUUGCACUCUCCGAUGCAGACAGCGAACUGUCCCCACCAGUGCCAAUCGACUCACCCGCCCCAGAUACGCCUCCAAGCACACAAGACACAGACCUAUCAUCAGAAGGCCCGAUCCAAGACAGCAAUGAGCCCUCGGCCCAGACCCAGGUAACCACGCUCAAAAAAGAGGUCCAUCACUCUGACACGGGUGCUUGUCUGGCUCACGGCCAUGGCGGGGUCCAGCCUCGUAUCACCCUCAACCCCAUCGCUGACAGAGCCUCGGUAGUCACCACGGAGCCGUCUAGCUCCAGAUUGAUGUCGAUGGCUGAGAGACCCAAAUCUACAUUACGAGCAUGA